AUGGCGGCCGCCUCCCAACCGCAUGGGGACCCCCCUACCUCUACCCUGGAGGGCAUCGGUGAGGAGCUCCGCAUGAUUGCGGCUUCUAUAGCCACGAAAGCUGACCUUUUGGUCCUCACCACCACGAUCCAGGACGCAUUGCGGGCCGAAAUGACGGGACUCCGAACGGAGGUAUCCGCACAGGGGAGUCGUAUCCAGGACUUAGAGCACUCCCGCGAGGCUCACGCGGCCAGACAAGCAGCUACUGACACGGCCCUGUCACGGCAAGGUGACCUGCUACUACAAUUGCGAAGAUCGGUGGAAGAUCUCGACAACCGUAGCCGCAGAUGUAACAUCCGCAUACGCGGCAUGCCGGAGGCGGAGUGCGAUGAGAACUUAGACGAAAUUCUAACAGCACUCUUCCGCAUGGUCCUACCCAGAGAUGCCCCGCUGGAACUCAGCUAUGAUAGGGCGCACAGAGCCCUGCGACCUCGUUCCCUCGAGGACGGCCCACGUGAUAUUAUUUUCUGCAUCCACUC